AUGGCGGCGGGGAAGGAGGUGGCGGCGAAACAGUCGGCCGGGCCUCCAGGCUGUAAAAUAUGCUGUGCAUGCCCCGCAGAGCGAAGAGCGCGUGACGAGUGCGUUAUUCUUAAGGGCGUUGAUGCCUGUAAGGAUCAAGUGGAAGCAUUUUAUGCGUGUCUUUUGCGCGAGGGAUUCACUGAAGAGGAUGUGAACAGCUUGCGGAAAAGCGCAAAAAGCUUUUAG